GUAAAGUUGCUGCGCUGCGGUCGACGUCCAGUGUCUUGUCAGUCACAGACACACCAUCAUUGUAAGUCUUCAUCACCAGAGUCAACGAGCAUCAUGAGGUACAGGGUGGUCACUACUUACCUCAUGUACCUGCUGUUGGUGCCAAGCCUGGCUCAACAGUUUACAGCUCGUGUGGUCGGUGGCACAGCAAAGGCGGGACGUCUGGAAAUCUUUUACAAUGGAACUUGGGGCACAGUGUGUCGUAGAGGUUUUGGACAGAAAGAAGCUUUGGUAGCCUGCAGGAUGUUAGGAUUCAACAGCACAACAGCAGUAGCCGUGAGGUCAGACAAGCACGGAGCAGGCUCUGGUCCUGUUCUGUUCAGUCAUCUGCGGUGUGUGGGGCACGAAACCAGCCUGGCGCAGUGUGGACACUCGGGGCGCUACAAACACGACUGUCGACACAGGAUGGAUGUCGGCGUCAAGUGCAACCUUAAGUUAAAAGCUCGUGUGGUCGGUGGCACAGCGGAGGCGGGACGUCUGGAAAUCUUCUACCGUGGAACUUGGAACACAGUGUGUCAAGAACGUUUUGGACAGAAAGAAGCUUUGGUAGCCUGCAGGAUGUUAGGAUUCAACAGCACAACAGUAGCAGCCGUGGGGUCAGCCAAGUACGGAGAAGGCUCUGGUCAUAUUAUGUUCAGUGACCUGCGGUGUGUGGGGCACGAAACCAGCCUGGCGCAAUGUAAACAUUUGGGGUUCUACAUACACAUCUGUGAACACUGGCAGGAUGUCGGCGUAGCGUGCAACAUAACUCAAGAGUUAACAGCUCGUGUGGUCGGUGGCACAGCGGAGGCGGGACGUCUGGAAAUCUUUCACCAUGGAACUUGGAACACAGUGUGUCGUAAAGGUUUUAGAGAGGAAGAAGCUUUGGUAGCCUGCAGAAUGUUAGGUUUCAACAACACAACAGCAGCAGCCGUGUGGUCACCCAAGUACGGAGCAGGCUCUGGUCCUAUUCUGUUCGGUUACCUGCGGUGUGUGGGGAACGAAACCAGCCUGGCGCAGUGUAGACACUUGGGGUUGUACAAACACUACUGUACACACAGGGAGGAUGUCGGCGUCUCGUGCAGCCUUACUCAACAGUUCAGAGCUCGUGUGGUCGGUGGCACAGCGGAGGCGGGACGUCUGGAAAUCUUUUACGAUGGAACUUGGAACACAGUGUGUCGUCAUGGUUUUGGACAGAAAGAAGCUUUGGUAGCCUGCAGAAUGUUAGGAUUCAACAGUACAACAGCAGCCGCCGUGGGGUCAGCCAAGUAUGGAGAAGGCUCUGGUCCUGUUCUGUUUGAUCGCCUGCAGUGUUUGGGGAACGAAACCAGCCUGGCGCAGUGUAAAUAUCCGGGGCUCUACAGACACCACCACUGUCGACACUCGGAGGAUAUCGGCAUCUCGUGCAACAUUACUCAGAAGUUAACAGCUCGUGUGGUCGGCGGCACACCUAAGGCGGGACGUCUGGAAAUCUUGUACGAUGGAACAUGGAACACAGUGUGUGAUGACGGUUUUGGACAGGAAGAAGCUUUGGUAGCCUGCAGAAUGUUAGGAUUCAACAGUACAACUGCCGUAGCCGUGAGGUCAAACAAGUACGGACCCGGCUCUGGUCCUGUUAUGUUCAAUUUCCUGCGGUGUGAGGGGAACGAAACCAGCCUGGUGCUGUGUAGACACUGGGGGCUCUACAUACACGACUGUUCCCACUGGCAUGAUGUCGGCGUAGAGUGCAACUUCUAUCCCCCUGAGACGCCUUCCUUACUAGUCGACAACCAGACUACCGUCAACUACACUACGAAUGUCAACAACAGUGUUGACUUUACAUGUGAAGUCAGUCCCGGCAACGUACAGAGCCUUGAACUGAUGAAGGUCACAAGAAAUAGUUUACAAAUACUUCAAGGCCUCAGCACAUCUUCUCUCUCCUUCAGAAUAGAGAGAGCAGGAUGUGGUGACUCGGGUAUCUACUAUUGUCGGGCUGGCAACACACUGGGACAAACUAACUCCACGUCAGUGCAUCUCAAUGUGUUGUGUUCGCCACAAUGGGCCAGCGACACCUUAGCAACAACCACGGAACUAAAAGUCACGGAAGGAUUAGAAGGACAGACAACCUUUGAAGUCAUGGCCUCCCCAGCUCCAACUGUCGACGGUUUUAUUUAUCACCAAGAGGACAGUAAUUCUUCUGCUCAGGAGAAGCCAGUCAGAUCCGAUCUUUUUACUGGGAAAUGCGAGCAGAAGACACCGGACCUUCACCUGGCUACCUGCACUGUGUAUGUUACACAAGCCACGCCUACAGAUACCGGACUGUACAGUGUCCACGUCAGCAACUCAAUGGGCGCCAUGAAUGUCACCUUUGAGCUCAGUGUGACAAGCAUGCAUUAGUGUUUUUAGCUUUUAGAGAAAGACGUAUUUUUUAUUGUUUUGUUUUAGUCCUAUCUAUAGGGAUGUUUUCCCGCUCGUCGUCGUUGUCGUCAUCAUCAUUGCCGUCGUCGUCGUCAAUUAUUCUUACUUUUACGUGAUAGAGUUCUGGCGUUAAAAAUAUCAAUGGACAAGUAACUCAGUUUUCUCUUCGUUCUGUCAAACAACUGAUUUAUGUGAAGGUCGACGUUUUACUUAAAGAUAACAUGCGCAUACACACUUAGCAUUUGUAUUUCAAUUGUAUGCAUCUUUUACUUAUUGUAGUUAGUCUUAAAAUUAUACGAUAAAAAUGAUUCUUCCUAUUUACCAAGAAGUGCAUAUUGUGAGAACCCAGGGAGUGCAUGUAAUAGACGGAGAUGUGAUAAAUCAACUGAUUGCUACUUAGUGCAAUUUUCUUUCCUUUACAUUAAUGACGAAUGUAUUUCGCAAAUAUCUUGGUAUUUAGUUACUGAUGAGAUGAAAGCUUUUCAUGACAUUUACUAAAAGCUGUUUAGGAAAAUCCUUUUUAAAAAAACAGUAUAAUUUAGUAUAAAAACAGUGUUUACAAAAAAACAAAAAAAACUAUGCACAGCAAAAAAGUAUUGGAAAGCUGUAUAUACCUGUUAUUUCCAGGUUAUAUUUCUUGUUAUAAUCUAAAGAAUAUGGAGCUGAAACAAUUUCCACCCUUAGGAUCGUUUCAAAUGAGAUAAAAUAUAGAAGCGUCAUACUAGCGGUGACCAAAACAGUGGACUCUUCAAAGCGAUAAUUAAAAAAGUCAGAUCGCUUGGUCCAAAACCUUUUGUUUCCAGUGACUCUAGAGACAACUUUUAUAACAAUUUUUCAAACAUUCCACGACUGUCGCUAAGUUAAUAAGGACCUUCAAGCAUUAAACUAAUGUUGCAGGCAUCAACAGGGUGGUGAGUAAGCCGUAUAAAGGUGGGCUACAUGACAUUCGACGAGUGGAAAAAAAGCUUAAACCCGUUUGUAAUGUUUUGUGGUGGGUGCGUUACGAAUGUAUGCGAACGUGUAUAAACAUCUACAUGUAAAAACACGCUGGCCGCACUCUUCCUCUUUCUUCAUACAGAGAAAGGCCGACCAACAGUCAACACAUUUAAUGUUUUAAAAAGGAAAGAAAAGGGUGA